UAUUAGUUCAGUCAUUCUCUCAUGCGGCUAGUACGGAGAGACACGCGCCGCGCAUAUUGAUCUGUUUCGAGCGGGUUGAAUAGAGUUAGAAUCGCACUGAGCUGAAUGUCUGUAAUCAGACCCGUUGAUCAGAUUAAUUAAGUCUUGGCUGAAGGAUGGCGAGCGCGACUCCGGUCGGUCAGCGGUCCCGCGCUAGCGGCGCCGCGUCCCCUCUGAGCCCGGCGCGGAUCUCUCGUCUGCAGGAGAAAGCAGAUCUGCAGCACCUCAAUGAUCGUCUGGCUGCUUACAUCGACACAGUGCGUAGUCUGCAGUCUGAUAACAGCGUCUUACAGCUGCAGAUCCAAGAACACGAGCAACUGCGCACCCGCGACAUCACUGCACUCAAAGCACUCUACGAAACUGAACUGGCGGACGCGCGCAGAUCGCUGGAUGAUACUGCGAGGGAGCGCGCACGCCUGCAGAUUGAGCUUGGCAAGAUUAGCAACGAGCACGAGCAACUGCUGCACGAUUAUGCUAAGAAGGAAUCUGAUCUGGCCGGCUCUCAGGCUCAUGUGAAGGAGAUUGAAGCUCUGCUGAACACUAAAGAAGCUGCACUGAGCACAGCGGCGUCUGAGAGGAAAGCUCUGGAGAACACGCUAGCAGACCUGCAGCUACGAGUCCACGAGCUUGAGAACAGUUUGAGUUCUGGUAAGAAACAGCUUUCAGAUGAAACUCUACUACGAGUGGACCUGGAGAAUCGCUGUCAAAGCCUCGUGGAGGAGCUGGACUUCAGAAAGAACAUGUUUGAGGAGGAGAUCAAGGACACUCGUCACAGACAUGAGACGCGUCUGGUGGAGGUGGACACAGGCCGUCAGAUGGAGUAUGAGAGUAAACUGGCUCAGGCUUUGGCUGAAAUGAGAGAACAGCACGACCAGCAGGUUCGGCUUUAUAAAGAGGAGAUGGAACAGACCUACAUGGCCAAGCUGGAGAACGUGCGGUUGUCUUCAGAGAUGAACUCUUCUUCAGCCAGUUUGGCUCGUGAGGAGCUUCGUGAAUCCACGAUGAGGGUGGAGAGUCUGUCCUCUCAGCUCGCAGACCUUCAGAAAGAGACACGUAGUUGGCAGAAUCGCAUCAGUGAACUUGAAGAAGCUCUGAGUCGUGAAAAAGAUUUGAGCCGCAGGUUACUGUCAGAGAAAGAGCGAGAGAUCUCUGAGAUUAGAGCCAAGAUGCAACAGCAGCUGGAUGAGUACGAACAACUGCUGGAUGUCAAACUGGCUCUGGACAUGGAGAUCAACGCCUACAGGAAACUGCUGGAGGGAGAGGAGGAGAGGCUGAAACUGUCUCCCAGCCCAUCAUCUCGCGUUACGGUGUCCCGAGCUUCAUCCAGUCGCAGCGUUCGCACCACGCGUGGAAAGAGGAAGCGUGUGGAUGUGGAGGAGUCUGAGGCCAGCAGCAGCGUCAGCAUCGCUCAUUCAGCGUCCGCCACUGGAAGCAUCUGCAUCGAUGAACUGGAUGUGGAUGGGAAGUUUAUCCGUUUGCACAACACUUCUGAUCAGGAUCAGCCCAUGGCGGGAUAUCAGCUGAGCAGAACUAUUGGUGACAUUACUGCUACAUACAAAUUCACAGCCAGAUUCAUCCUGAAGGCGGGACAGAAAGUGACGAUCUGGGCAUCGGAUGCAGGCGUGAGCUCCAACCCUCCAACUGAUCUGAUCUGGAAGAAUCAGAAGUCCUGGGGAACCGGUGAGAACGUGAAAGUGCUUCUCAUCAGCUCAGACGGAGAGGAAGUUGCCGUGAGAAGAACAGUAUUCAAGACUGCACUGCCAGAGGAAGAUGAAGAGGAGGAGGAUGAUGAUAAGGAGGCUGAAGUCAUUGAGGAGCAUUUCUAUCAUCAGCAGGGAGAUCCACGUGCCACUAAAAGAGGCUGUUUGAUCAUGUGAUGGACCUGCAACAUCGACUCCACCUGCGUUUUUCUAUUUACUGAUUGAAAUCGCUUGUGUUUCUUUAUUUUGAUUCAUGCUUUUCUCUUUGAAUGCACAUUUGUAGCAGUUUAAGUUCAAUGAACCAAAUGUUUGUUUCCUUUUGACCAUGUGAGGUGCGAGUGUUUUGUAGACUCGUCAGGUUCUGAGACUAACCCUUUUUUUAUCAUGUUUAUAUUCAUUUUAUAAACCAGUAUUUUAGGUCUCUUUAUAGACGAAACAUGUUUUAUAAUUGUCAGUAGUUUUUAGUGAAAUCACAGAUAAUAGAAUGUAGACAUUUGCAUGUCAGUGUGAAAUAUUGUAUUGAUUUAAUUUAAAGCAGCUAUUUGUUGACAGUAAUUCACUACACAAUCUCAGACGAGCCUAAAGCGCAGGGUCUCUUCAGCAGCAAAUGACUAAAGAAGAGAGAAAUCAUUGCCUAUCAUCCUUUAACAUUGCUGGAGCAGUGAAGAAUUUCCACGUGUUAAGUUGAUGGUGUGAUGUUGUGAAGUAUUUGGGUGUCAUUGCUGCUGAAGAUGAAGAGCUUUAGGUUUAUCUGGUUUGUAUAUUUUCAGUCUGUAGCAGAUUCCUCGUCCAGAGAGGAUCACAUUGAUCUCUGAAAACACUGCCUGCGUUCAUGGGUUUGUGUGGAAGCCUCAAGAUUCAGUACUGUAUUUACUAUCAUUUUUAUAAAUGGAUCACAUUGCCAGAGUGAAUUGCUGAAUUUUUAUUUGUAUUGCUUUUUAAUGUUACUAAUAAACACUAGCCUUACAAUCUUGAUAUAUAUUUGUACUUCAAAUGUUGUGGAUUGUCACCUGCAUGUCCUGCUGCAACCUUAAUGUUUGAAAGAAGCAAAUAAAGCGUUGAAGAAAUCAA